CUUUCUAGAACUGGGAUCUAGUUUCAUUUGCGGAUGAAUAUCAGUCGAUGACGCGUCCACGGUAUAAAAGCUCCCGGUCCCCUUGGCAACUACAGUUGGAGGGUGGUGUUUCUGUUGUUAAGUCAGGAAAGCUACCAAAAUAAUUGAGCAAAGAUGCAGAUCUUCGUCAAGACCCUCACUGGCAAGACCAUCACCCUGGAGGUUGAGCCCAGCGACACCAUUGAGAAUGUGAAGGCCAAAAUCCAGGACAAAGAAGGGAUUCCUCCUGACCAGCAGAGGCUGAUCUUUGCUGGCAAGCAGCUGGAAGAUGGCCGCACCCUGUCUGACUACAACAUCCAGAAGGAGUCCACCCUCCACCUGGUCCUCCGUCUGAGGGGUGGCAUGCAGAUCUUCGUCAAGACCCUCACUGGCAAGACCAUCACCCUGGAGGUUGAGCCCAGCGACACCAUUGAGAAUGUGAAGGCUAAGAUCCAGGACAAGGAGGGCAUUCCCCCUGACCAGCAGAGGCUGAUCUUUGCUGGCAAGCAGCUGGAAGAUGGCCGCACCCUGUCUGACUACAACAUCCAGAAGGAGUCCACCCUCCACCUUGUCCUGCGUCUCAGGGGUGGCAUGCAGAUCUUCGUCAAGACCCUCACUGGCAAGACCAUCACCCUGGAGGUUGAGCCCAGCGACACCAUUGAGAAUGUGAAGGCUAAGAUCCAGGACAAGGAGGGCAUUCCCCCUGACCAGCAGAGGCUGAUCUUCGCUGGCAAGCAGCUGGAAGAUGGCCGCACCCUGUCUGACUACAACAUCCAGAAGGAGUCCACCCUCCACCUGGUCCUGCGUCUCAGAGGCGGUCAAUAAAUGAUUACAUGUUUUUAUUUACUUUGCAUCAGAACCUAACUGAAUAAAAGAUCAGAUUAAAUAA